AGCUCGUGUUGAUGUUGUUCUAAGAGAAUAAUCGGGUGAAGUUAGACAGCAUGGACGCCCGCCUCGAAGAGCCCGUCCACGGCAGUAAAGAGAAGAAGAAAAGACAUAUCCAGAGAGUAAGGAGUCCUUUACGGUACACCCACCGCUUUCGGCCGAGGUUUGAAGGGAAACACCUGCAUUCACGUUUUAGGUUUUUCAGGACAAUGGAGGAACGGCGUUUUAUACGUCGGCCAAAUUUUGCACUGAGGUACCAGAGGCAUCACACAUAUCAGCGGCCCAGAGCCUGUCCUCGUCCGGGCUCCACACACACUGAAGACAGAACAGACAUUUCUCGGCCAUCCCCUGGAAACAGAUCAUCUCUGUCGUCCACAAACGAGGAGCCUACACACAUCACAUCUGGACCAAUCCAGUCCUUCUUCAUCUCCGAGUCUCCUUUAUCUCCUCGCCAUGUCCUGAGUUUUCGUCGCCUCCGAUGGUCCUGUUCAGACCUCCUUUGUCUCCCUCGUCUCCGCUUGUCCCAUGCAGCUCUCCUUCGUCUCCCUAGACUCCCUCGUCUCCACUGGUCCCGUCUAGCUUUCUUGAGUCUCCUGAGUCUCUGCUUCUCCAGAAGAACUCUUCUGUAUCCACUUCUCCAGAACCUUUCCAGGCAUUUUGGACCCUAAUUUCUCCCAAGAAUAUUUUGAGGGAAAUAUGCUGCUCUAUUUUGAGGCUAUGAAGCUCUAUUCUCUAUGGCCUCCUGAAUGACUGGCACCUCCAUGACCUCCUACUAUUUUUUGUUAAUUUUAUUUUAGUUUUGGGAAAACUUACAGCUUCAGUCAAGUCUCAUGUUCCUCAUCAUGGACAGCAGGCCAAAUUAAUUUACCCUCAUUCCACUGAAAGGAAUAAUAACAUGUAAACUAUUGUGAUAUUGUUCUCUAUGAAUUCUGUCUUGAGGAUGUAAAGUAUAUAAACAUAAGCCUAAAAAUGAUAGCAAUUGACCGUUCGCAAAGAGCUUGAUUGACAGGCGACAUUUACAGCUGUUAAACUAUGACAGGUCAUUUACUGAAAAAAGACUCUCACUGCAACACUCUAAUGUGAUAAAACUAUGGUGUCACGUGCUUCCAAAAGCAUUUUCAUAGUUUUCAUGCUAUAUUGUUGGCUCAGAAAAUAUGUAAAUGUGCUUAUGCUCAGUAGCUGCCGCUUUACGUUAGCCCUUCUAACCUUAAACACAAAUCAAGACAGAACAAGACAGAAGAGCCACAAAAGGGUAUUUAUUGUUUGAAUUUCAUUAAAAAUUACACAUUUAAAAAGAGACCUUGUUUCAUAUCAGAAGUUACUUGCUCUGUCUUCUCUGUUGGCGUGUUUCUUCACAGUGAUGUAUUUUUCACUGUGUGAGAACGCACGUGUAGUGUGAGAGCCGUAUUGCUUGUCGGUCAUGGCAACAGUAACUAGGGAGGGUGGGGUCUUUGCAAACGGUCAAUUGUAAGAGCAUUGCGUAGCAUUAUGCUGCAUGCAUGGCACGUUGUAAUUACUGUGACAACUCAUAAUGUUCAGCUUGGUGCUGUUCACAUCCUCUGACUGGGGAUUAUCCGUUUCUAUAGCGACCACAAAAUAACAUGUCUUUCAUUUAGGCUCACAUUACUUGUGCAUGAAAACAUCUGCAUUAGCAAAUUUUAAAGCAUAAAUAUUACAAAAUAACUGCUUAUUUAUAUUUUAGUACUCUAAGCGCCA